CUCUGCGCCAUUCUCUUCCCUCUCUCCAUCGCGCCCGGCCACUGUUGCGGCAAUUGCACGCCCCAUGCCUUUCGGACACCACCACCAGAACGCGCCGAAUGACCCGGCGCAGGGCAUCUAUGCCGCGGCGUCGGCGCUUGGGAGCAUAGGAGCUCCUGGAGGCAAUCUGCGCGCAGCCACGCAGGGCACCACGCGGGCAGGCACCGAUGCCUUCAUGCCCCAGGCCAGCGGCAACGCCCAACCACCACCCCCCAGCGAGGCCUACAUGGCCGCCACGGCACCGCCAUCAGCAAACUCGAGCUUCGACACGCCGCGACACAAGGCCCCGAGCCUGAGCGGCCGCACCAACGAGGAGCUCCAUAUCUCGACGGCCGUCGGCCAGCAUGCCUCGGGGCCGCCCCCUGCGGGCUCAUCCCAGCACAUGUACAACUCGCCCGACUCCUAUCGGUCGGCGCCCAACAUCAACGUCGACCAUGGCACCCCGCAAACCGCCCAGUAUGCCGCUCCCGCUGUGCCUGGCAGCCUCCAGCCCGCCACGGGCCCCGGCCAACAGCCACCGCAACAGCAGCAACAGUCGCAGCCGCCACAGCAAGCCCCGCCGCAACAGCAACAGCAAGCCCCGCCGCAGCAGCGACCGGCGCCCACGAGCACCCACACGGCGCCCGCUGGGCCUCCCCAGGCGCAAAUAGCAACCAACGCCCAGCAGUACACGCUACCCACGCGCUCAAACACCAUCAGCCAGUCACAGCACUCCCCCCACUCGACGCAUGCCUACUCGCGCUCGAGCCCAGCCGGCCUGGGCCCUGAGCAGAAAUAUAUUCCUUUUUCAAACACCCCCGAGAACUCAAAGUACGCCGCAGCCACCCCCACGCAAAAGUACUAUCCCUCGACCCCUUCGGGCGCCGCCUCGCAAUCCCCCUUGGGCCUCGCCGACAUCCGACCACGCGCAAACUCCAACAUGGAGCCAGAGACUACGGGCCACGGCAAUUCCACUCUGGGCGACAUGAACAAGGUGGCCUCAAACAGCAACUACCUAGCCCCGUGGAGCAUAUACGCCUUCGACUGGUGCAAGUGGAAUGUGACUGGCGGCAACAGUGCUGGCAAGAUGGCCGUGGGCAGUUACCUGGAAGACAACCACAACUUUAUCCGCAUCCUCGACACGCAGAUAGCGCCCCAGGACGUCUCGUCUCCCGGCGCAACCCCCUACGGCCUUGAAUACAAUGCCAUCGCCGAAGCGACAUGCUCCUUUCCCGUUACACGCAUGCUCUGGGAGCCGCCGUCAUCCCAGAAGCAAUCCACCGACCUCCUCGCUACAUCUGGCGAUCACCUGCGUCUAUGGUCGCUGCCUCAAGCCACCAACAACACCAGCAACACCAUCACGCGCUCGUCGUCUGUCAACACCCGAGAGCCGCAGCUCCCCAAGCUCACGCCCCUCGCGCUCCUGUCCAAUUCCAAAACCCCCGAACACACUGCCCCGCUUACAUCGCUCGAUUGGAAUACCAUGUCGCCCAAGCUCAUCAUCACCUCCAGCAUAGACACAACAUGCACAAUAUGGGACAUACCAUCGCUUACCGCCAAGACGCAGUUGAUUGCACACGACAAGGAGGUCUUUGAUGUCCGUUUCUGCGCAGGCAGCGUUGAUGUCUUUGUGAGCUGUGGUGCUGAUGGAAGUGUGCGCAUGUUCGAUCUGCGCAGCCUAGAGCACAGUACCAUCAUCUAUGAGCCCUCAGACAAGGGAGCUGAAAGAGAUAAGGGCUCACCUACAGGCCGCAUGUCUCCGACCAAAGCCCAGCAGACCAUGUCGUACGCACCGCCGCUCCUCCGUCUCGCUGCUUCCCCGCACGACUCCCACCUUCUCGCUACUUUUGCCGCCGAUUCAAAUCUCAUCCGUAUCCUCGACGUCAGACAACCUGGUCAAGCCCUCCUGGAACUUCGCGGACACUCUGCAGCCGUCAAUUGCAUAGAAUGGAACCCCUCUCGGAGAGGUAUGCUCGCAUCCGGCGCCGAUGACUCGCUCGUCCUGAUAUGGGAUCUGCUACACGCAAACAACGGCGCCACCAUUAGUGGGGAACAUGCUUCAACACAGUCUCCGCCUGCACCUGCGAAUACUCACUCUGCAAACGGCGCCGCGAACCAGCAGAACGCGCCAGUCGGCCAAAAGGGACCCUAUGCCAGCUGGCGAUGCGACUAUGAAAUUGGCAACCUGAGCUGGGCACCCCAGAGCGCUCUGACGGGACAAGGCGGCGAGUGGGUUGGUGUUGCUGGUGGACGCGGUGUGUGGGGCGUCAAGCUAUGAUGAAUGGGGGGCGCAUCGCAACGAAAUGAGCAAAACGUGUGUAUGAGAAAAGCGAGACGGAAAGAAAAGAGCACGAGCCGUUUGUUAGGUCUUGGGGGUUUGAGCCAAAGCGUUUCGUGGGCGUUGUAUGGGAAGCGCUGUAUGCAUAUUUAGCUUGAUAAGAUACCUGAAAG